AUGGCGUGUAGAACAUGCAGACGGCAGCUUAUGCUGCUAACCCGUCAAACUGGCUCAAUCGCAGAGAUCCAAAAUGUUGCUACACCACAACGACUUAUCGCCCCAGUUGUCGGCUCCCAAUCCAGCCAGAGACGAAGCUUCAAAAGCACUCCCAACCAACCGGCCAUAAACAUCCGCGAGACAAUUGCUAGGAUAUUCCAAAACACAGCCGAACCAUAUCGUAUCAUCAAUGCUACCGAGAACAUAUAUAAAACCUGCGCUCGCGAGGCAGACUAUACCAUUCCCGAUAAGGACAGGAAGGCGGGCACGAUAACUAAGACGGCGGAGGGAGAGGAUAUAGGAGAAGGGAAGACGAUGUGGCAUGAAGAUUUCAAGCUCGCCCCGACUUUUAGCACAUGGUCGCAGAUCACAAUGCUACACUUAUACCUAGUAUUCGCUCGACUACGCGAUCUCGAACCAGACGCAGCGCGGUCGUGGCAGCGACAGCUUACAGACCACUUCUUCUUCAACGCUGAGGAGCGCAUGGACUUAACCCACGGAAUCACCUCGCGCGGGCUGCGACACCGAUAUCUUAAAGACCUCUUCGUGCAGUGGCGCGGGGUGAUCGCCGCAUACGACGAGGGCGUCAUAAAGGGAGACUCCGUGCUCGCCGCCGCCGUCUGGCGCAACGUAUUCAAAGCCCGCGAGGACAUCGAUGUGCGCUCGCUGGCCGCCGUCGUCAGUUGGAUGCGGCUGUGUCUCAAGAUGCUCGAUCAGAUCCCCGACGAGGCCCUGCACUACCAGACCGAGGCCGUCUUCAAGUGGCGCGCCAAGAACGAGCUCAUGCUCGUCGAUAAGCCCACGAGGGAACUCGACGGGCAACUGGUGCAGGAAUCGCCGCCGGUGCAGAAGGUAGCUAUGUAA